AUGCCACCCUCGGCACAGACGACUCGUCUGGUCUCGACCCUGCGACUUCUCAUCCCGCGUCUCCGUCUCCUCCAAAAGAAAGAUACCGCAUCCUCCGUCGUACAACGUCGCGAGCUCUCCCAGCUGCUCAGUGAGAAUCGCGAGGCUUCUGCGCGCAUCCGUGUCGAGAAUGUCAUCGCCACCGAUAUCGCGGUCGAAGUGAUGGAGAUGGUCGAGUUGUACUGUGAAUUGCUCCUGGCGCGCGCCAAUGUCCUGGAUCAACUGGCCUUUGGAGAGAAGGGGACACGUGCGCGGGUGCGCGCCAAGGAGUUGCUCAAGAAGCAAACUCAGCCUCAGACAAAUGAAAAGUCGACGACAGCUGCGCCGGAGAGCUCGGGAUCUCGCUUUGGAUUCGGCUGGCUGGGGGGUUCGCAGAAGAAAGAUGCGAACACAGCAGCGGGCGGCGCAUCCGAGGGGUCCUUACCUCUUGCCGACGAUGACGAUGCGUACAUGGACACGGCACUAGAUGAGGCAGCGGUGGUGAUCUUUUAUGCAUGGCAUCGGUUCCCGCACGAACUCCGGGAGCUGACCAUGCUCCGAACGAUGCUGGGAGAACGAUAUGGAAAGGAAUUUAUGACCCUGGCCCAAGAUAAUAAGGUGGACACCAUCAAGGUUCCGGAUCGCUUGCUCAAGAGCCUUCGGGUACGCCCACCGACUCAGGAACUGGUCGAAAGCUAUCUACGCGAGAUUGCCAAGGCGUACGGCGUGGAAUGGCCCGGUGGAGAGGAGAUGUCAGGAGACCUUGGAGAUGCGCCGCCUGAAUUUGUCCAUGGCACUGACGCGCCAGAAGAUGAUGACCAAGGUGGUGAUCUUCCCGCCACUCCGACCAAACAAGGUGCGGGCUCCGUACCACGACCUAGUCUCACCGAGGCACGACGCGCAUCGGAGACAAGCGAAUUGAACAAAGCAACUCCCCCUCGAGGACCGGCCGCGCUACAAGGCCGAAGUCCAGUCAGUGUCGCACCACCGGCCCCUCGGACUGACAAUCCCAAUCCUCGAGUCAGGGUGCCUGGAUCUGAGGCGGAGGUUGCUGCCAAGGGUAGCACUGGCAAGAGCAGUGCCGGUGGUAUUCCCGAGUUGGAUGAGUUGACUCGGAGAUUUGCGGAUUUGAAGAGAAAGCCCUAG